CCUGUUAGGAUUACGCCCCCAAACAGUUUAAGUGCCUGAGUUUGACCAAUAUGUUUUUCUGAAAGUCAAACAUGUCCUUUUUCUGAUUUAUAUAUUUAUUAUUUUUUUCUUCCAAAGAUGUUGAAGUCCAAAUGGCACCACAUCAUCGGAAUGACCCGGCUGUUGACAGUUGCGUCCUCAUGACCUAAACUGCUAAAAAAAAAAUGUAAACUGUAAUGUAAGGGGCCAACUCAAUUGCCCAGGUUUUAGCAUAAACGUCGAAACACUUAUUUCAAAUGCUGAAGGAUCCGGAUGAUACAGUUCAUGUAAAUGUUAAAGGCAAACUAUCAGACACCCUGAAACUAAUCCCACCCAUAUUGUGCAAUUGCUGAAAAUUUGACCUGCGGUCAUACAGUAUUUCCACACAGUCACUGUUUACGAGGGGCGAAGUGCGUCUGAUCAAUAAAACGUCAAAUCCAAAUCAGGGCGAAAGCUUCGAUUUACUGAACAGACGACGGUAGGAACAGUCAAAUUAUUAAAGCAGUGUAAUUUUGAGUAAAUAUGCAGAAUGAUUCGGUUUAGCUCGCUUCUAGGCUAGGCCUGUAGCAUGCGUUUUUGCUGCAUUGUGUAGGGAUGUGUUUAUAGUGUUGCUGGCUGUCUGGAGGACGUUUUCUUCUGCAAAUAUGCAUGCAUGCUAACUAAAUUAGUAAAAGUACAUGCACGUAGAUACAUAUUUAGCUAGCUAAAUAUUAUGCCAAUGCGCUAUGGUUUGCCUGAAACUGCCGAAACGCUUGCAUAUUAAAACUGUUGCAGUCUGAUCACUCCUAUUUUAUUUGGGUCCUACAGGUGAUUCACACGCAGUUGGACACAAUCGAACAUGGCCCAGCUUCUAGAGUCUAUGCCCGGUGCCUCCACGGGACAGGUCGUGGUGACAGACCACCUAAAUUUCUGGGGCGGGUGCAGAGUUAAACCCAAGGAUGGGAAAAACGCGGAGCCCGUCCACGAACCUGCAACUGGUUUGUAGCAUACUACAUACAUUAUACCGUUUACUAAAUCAAAUCAAAUGUUAUUCGUCACAUGCUUCGUAAACAACAGGUGUGGACUAACAGUGAAGUGCUUUUACUAGUAGGCUUUCUGAUGUAAUAGAGCUGUAGGCCUAUAUCUCAGAUGUAUUGAAUGUUUUUCAAUACAUUACUGUGUUAGUGUUGUAGUAAACAGGUAUCUCAGUGCACAGUUGACCAGACAUAUAUGUCCUAGUUGACCAGUGUCUGGAAUGUAAGGGUCAAGGUUCACUGACCUUGUAUGUUGUUUAGUUUCCAUUGGAGUAUUAUUACCUCACUCUUUGGGGUCGGCAAGAGUUCACUGACCAAUUUACAAUAUGCCCCCCAAGAAUCCCAUGGAUUCUGUUUGCCAGUUAGAUGUUUAUGGUCAUGAAGUGUUUAUUUGUAUUUUUCCUCUGGUGUCUGCAGGUCGGAAGCUAUGUGACAUGUUUCCGUGUGGGAAAGAGGAGGUGGACCAGGCCAUCCAGAGUGCGCAUGCUGCCUACCUAAAGUGGAGUAAGAUGACAGGCAUGGAGAGGGCCCGAGUCAUGCUGGAGGCUGCUCGCAUCAUCAGGGUGAGACAUUUUCAUGAGACAUGUCAUGUGAGCAGAAUGCUGCAUAAUGCUUGCAUAACAUUGCUGUUAGAAUUAGAUUAUAAGCUACUGAACAGAGAAAUUAUAUUUCUCUUUAAAUAAUUUCAAGGACAUUUCCUGAAUGCAUUACAUUCCAUACCUCUUUACAGUGUACAGCAGUGGUGUGAAGUCACAUUUAAUGAAUCUGAGGCCCUUUGUGUCGAGUUGUGUUAACUCAGUACCAAGGAGCCUUUGCAAGUGAUUGCAGGACAUAAAUUGCUGAUUUGAACAACCUUGUUGUGACACAUCAUCCCAAAUAUUAGUGGGGAACUGAAGUUCCUUUAAAGGUUUCCGGGAACAGUGCCAGGAAAGUUUUGAAAAUGUUACAAAUCAAAUCAAAUUUGUCACAUGCGCCGAAUACAACACCUUACAGUGAAAUGCUUACUUACAAGCCCUUAACCAACAAAUCAGUUUUAAGAAAGAAUACCCCCAAAAAAUCACAAAAAAAUACAAUAUAAAAUAAUACGAAAUAAAAGUAACAAAUAAUUAAAGAGCAGCAGUAAAAAUAACACUAGCGAGGCUAUAUGCAGGGGGUACCGUUACCGAGUCAAUGUGCGGGGGCACCGGUUAGUCGAGGUAAUUUAGGUAAUAUGUACAUGUAGGUAGAGUUAUUAAAGUGUGAAUAUGCAUAGAUAAUAAACAGAGAGUAGCAGCAGCGUAAAGGGAGGGGGGGGGGGGGGGUGAUUAGAUGUUCAGGAGUCUUAUGAACAUGGUUGUGAAUGUGCAAUCCUAGUUAUUUAUUAACUGCACAGGCAUAGUACACUGUAAAACCUUUGAAGAAACCCGUUGCACUUAAUAUAUGAGUACAGUUACUUAAAGUGAUUUUAUAGUCAUUACUCAAACUGAUAGUCACGGUGACCCUGUAUGGGGUCCAGAUUUCAGUUGUCAGCUUGAAACAAUUUUGUAAUACCCCUACUAAGCCACACCUCCAAUAUAAUUUCCCAAAGUUGUCACGUCCUGACUCUGGGGACUCGUAUUUGUUGAGUCAGGGUGUGUAUUUUCUGUGUGGUAUGUUCAAUGUUGUAUUUUCUAGGUUUAGAUCUAGAUCUAUGUUGGCCGGUGUGGUUCCCAAUCAGAGGCAGCUGUCGCUCGUUGUCUCUGAUUGGGGACCAUACUUAGGUAGCCUAUUGGCACUAGUGGGUUGAAAAAAAGAUCAAAAAGAUGAGAGAGGCCUGUAAUUUUCAUCAUAGGUACAUGUCAACUAUGACAGACAAAAUGAGAAAAACAAAAUCCAGAAAAUCACAUUGUAGGAGUUGUUAAUGAAUUUAUUUCCAAAUUAUGGUGGAAAAUAAGUCCACCAAUAAACUAAAAUUUCUCAAUACAUUGUUAUAUACCCCUUUGGUUGGCAAUGACAACAGGUCAAACGUUUCUGGUAAGUCUUCACAAGGUUUUCACACACUGUUGCUGGUAUUUUGGCCCAUUCCUCCAUGCAGAUCUCCUCCUAGAACAGUGGAUGUUUUGGGGCUGUCACUGGGCAACACAGACUUUCAACUCCCUCCAAGAUUUUCUAUGGGGUUGAGAUCUGGAGACUGGCUAGGCCACUCCAGGACCUUGAAAUGCUUCUUACGAAGCCACUCCUUCGUUGCCCGGGCGGUGUGUUUGGGAUCAUUGUCAUGCUGAAAGACCCAGCCACGUUUCAUCUUCAAUGCCCUUGCUGAUGGAAGGAGGUUUCUACUCAAAAUCUCACGAUACAUGGCCCCAUUCAUUCUUUCCUUUACACGGAUCAGUCGUCCUGGUCCCUUUGCAGAAAAACAGCCCCAAAGCAUGAUGUUUCCACCCCCAUGCUUCACAGUAGGUAUGGUGUUCUUUGGAUGCAACUCAGCAUUCUUUGUCCUCCAAACACGACGAGUUGAGUUUUUACCAAAAAGUUCUAUUUUGGUUUCAUCUGACCAUAUGACAAACUCCCAAUCCUCUUCUGGAUCAUCCAAAUGCACUCUAGCAAACUUCAGACGGGCCUGGACAUGUACUGGCUUAAGCAGGGGGGACACAUCUGGCACUGCAGGAUUUGAGUCCCUGGCGGCGUAGUGUGUUCUGAUGGUAGGCUUUGUUACUUUGGUCCCAGCUUCUGCAGGUCAUUCACUAAGGUCCCCCCGUGUGGUUCUGGAUUUUUUGCUCACCGUUCUUGUGAUCAUUUGACCCCACGGGGUUGAGAUCUUGCGGGAGCCCCAGAUCGAGGGAGAUUAUCAGUGGUCUUGUAUGUCUUCCAUUUCCUUAUAAUUGCUCCACAGUGAUUCUUCAAACCAAGCUGCUUACCUAUUGCAGAUUCAGUCUUCCCAGCCUGGUGCAGGUCUAACAAUUUUGUUUCUGGUGUCCUUGACAGCUCUUUGGUCUUGGCCAUAGUGGGAGUUUGGAGUGGAACUGUUUGAGGUUGUGGACAGGUGUCUUUUAUACUGGAUAACAAGUUCAAACAGGUGCCAUUAAUACAGUAACGAGUGUGAGGACAGAGGAGCCUCUUAAAGAAGAAGUUACGUCUGUGAGAGCCAGAAAUCUUGCUUUUUGUAGUGACCAAAUACUUAUUUUCCACCAUAGAUUAACAAAUAAAUUCAUACAAAAGCCUUCGAUGUGAUUUUCUGGAUUUUUUUUCUCAUCGAUUGUCUGUCCUAGUUGACGUGUACCUAUGAUGAAAAUUACAGCCUCUCUCAUCUUUUUAAGUGGGAGAACCUUGCACAAUUGGUGCUGACUAAUACUCUUUUUCCCCACUGGUUAUUUGAUUAGAAAAUCUUGGGGUUUACAGUGUGCACAAUAUCAAACUUUGUACAUUUCAUGACCACUGUCUGUGGCCUCAUGUGAAUAAGCACAUUGAAACACUAUUACAUGUUAUUUUAUCUACUCAUAUUUCUUUAUUUGAUCCUCUCUGUAGCAUUACGAUUCAGUUCUUUCAACAUUACUUUCCCUUGUUUUCUUAAAUGGCCCUCAAUAGGUUACAUACAGUAUAGGUUUGCACCCACAACUCUUUGUAUUGCGAACACACUGAUCUAUAAUAAUAAUAUACUAAUAAUAUAUGUCAUUUAGCAGACACUUUUAUUCAAAAAUGGGUGGUCCUGGGAAUCAAACCCACUACCCUGCCGUUAUAAGCGCAUUGCUCUACCAACUUAGCUACAAACGACCACUAUUCCCAAUCUAUUGAUCUAUUCCCAAUGCUGUUAACAGGAGAGAAGAGACAACAUUGCCAAGUUGGAGGUGAUCAACAAUGGGAAGUCUAUCACAGAGGCCCAGGUGGACAUUGAUGUUUCCUGGCAGGCCUUAGAGUACUACGCUGGCAUUGCUGGCACACUGGCAGGUGGGAACACACUCUGUAGAAGACAUGUAUAAACAAAAUUAUUUUGACCCAGUACCAUCAUAUGCUAUUGUGGUUCUCAAACACAUACACAUUGUAUUAUUAUAGGCCCAAUUAUUAUCUUCUCUUUAAAUGACGUGUGCUUCACUUUUCUUUGUCUUUUAUGCUUAUGGGCUUAGUGACAGGUUUUUAGCUUAUACCGAAUUAUGCAUAACACAUAGACAAUUUUGUUGCACCCUAAUAAUGAAUCACACUACAAUAUAUUUGCAAUAGCACUCAUAGCAAUGUUACAGUUUACCAUUCAUUUACCUCAGGCCAGCACAUCCAACUGCCCAGAGGAUCCUUUGCUUACACCAGACGGGAGGCCCUGGGGGUAUGUGUGGGCAUCGGGGCCUGGAACUACCCCUUCCAGAUCGCCUGUUGGAAGUCUGCUCCUGCCCUGGCCUGUGGUACGUUUACCAUGACCUCCAGCAUUCAUGCAUUACCAUCACACUGUGGAAUGUUUUUUUGCUUCACAUUUCAGUUAUGAUUAGAUAACUUAAAACGAAUCAAUACAUAUUUCAUUAUUUAGUAUAAUGAAUGUAUCCGUUAUUCUUCUUCAUGGAAAUUUGAAUUAACCAUGCAUACGAAGAGGAAUAGUAGAUUUUGGACAGGUGUCUCUGAAUGUCUUUUAGAAACAGAUUGUACUGCGAGUGAAACCAAGUAUUAAUUUUUUUCCUGCUGUGUCUCUCUUGCUCCCCAGGUAACGCCAUGGUGUUCAAACCUUCUCCUUUCACCCCUGUGACCGCCGUGAUUCUGGCUGAGAUCUACAAAGAGGCUGGGGUACCUGAUGGGCUCUUCAACGUGGUGCAGGGUGGGGCGGAGACUGGCACCCUGCUCUGUAAUCACCCCGGCGUGGCUAAGGUGUCCUUCACUGGCAGUGUCCCCACUGGGAAGAAGGUACAGACUGAAACAAAAUACUUUAUUGGGUGUUUACCAAGGUCGUAGUCAUUAGGCACCAAACAUAAGAACAUGGACUGAAACAGGGAGGGACUACCUGAACUAGUCCAAUAAGAAAUGCUCGUUUUAGUUUGCCGUUGCAAAAGAUUUUGCCACUGUGUGCUCUAAUGAAUACAACCCUAAAUUCUUGUCAUGGCAAGUCUUCAAUCACCUCCAUGUUCAUAAUCUCACAGUCUCACUGCAACUCACUGCCAGUAAUUGACCUCUCUGGGUCUAUUGAUAACGAGAGUAACUUGAGAAACCUGAAUUGCUUCUCUGUUCAUCAAUGAUAAGACUGCUGAACAAUGAAUCAAAUGGCUACCCGGACUAUUUGCAUUGCUGCUACUCACUGUUUAUUAUCUAUGCAGUCACUUUACCCCUACCUACAUGUACAUAUUACCUCAACUAACCUGUACCCCUGCACAUUGACUCGGUACGGAUACCUCCUGUAUAUAGCCUCGUUAUUGUUAUUUAAUUGUGUUACUUUUUCAAACUUUUGUUUAUUUUGUAAAUAUUUAUUUUCUUAAAACUGCAUUGUUGGUUAAGGGCUUGUAAGUAAGCAAUUCAAGGUAAGGUCUACUAACUGUAAGUCGCUCUGGAUAAGAGCGUCUGCUAAAUGACUAAAAUGUAAAUGUAAAAUGUCUACACCUGUUGUAUUCGGUGCAUGUGAUAAAGAAAAUUGUAUUUGAUUUGUGACUCAUAUUCGUUGACAAUCACCACGAUCAAUGUUAUGGACAACACUGCCAUCUAGAGGUAGUUAUUUAUUGUACUAUAUAUAAUAUUGGUCAGUAGGAGGCAGUGUAGUGCUGCAAUUGUCUAAAACAUCUGUCAGACAAGACUUGUUCAUGAAACACUCAUUUGGGAAGUACUAUUCCCAUGGCCAUACCUUUUAACACUAUUAUUGAUCAGUAUUCAGUCAUCUCAGCUCUCAUUGGCUAAUUGGACCUUUCUUCCUAUCAUGUUCUCUCUUCCUUUCAGAUCAUGGAGAUGUCUGCGAAGACGGUGAAGCAGGUGACUCUGGAGCUGGGAGGGAAAUCACCCCUCAUCAUCUUUAAGGACUGUGAGCUGGAGAACGCAGUGAGGGGGGCGCUCAUGGCUAACUUCCUGACUCAGGGAGAGGUGAGCUCAAUGCUAACCGACUUCUUACUUUCAAUGCUGACUGACUUCUUACUUAAUGGCCUAAUACCAUUGCCUGUAUUGAUGUACAGUGUUUUCCAGUAGCGCCAGCAGUCGGCUAAACAGCCGAUUACAGACUCAUUUUCAGCCGGCUACUGUUUCCACUUAAAUUAACUACGCUACUUUUCAAUUCGCUAGUCAGAAAAAAAAGUAAGCCAAGCCCUCUCCCCCCGCUAGAAUGAAUGAUGUGCAUCUUCUAGCGAUCUAUUGAUAGGACAGGCCACUGCUGGUUUGACAGUCUGCUGUCUGUCCCGCCUCCUGUGGGCACUGUGAUUUGUGUGCGCUGUGGUUGGUUGCAGAAUUUCUUUACACGGAGGUGGAGAUUAUGCUUCUUUAUUGUCUCUGAGUGAAUUUCAGUGCUCUACGGUGCGACCAUUUUACAUGCAUAUGCGGCUAAAAAUAGAUGUGCGAAUUGAAAACUGUGAUAUAUAGCAACAACAAAAAAAUCUGCUAUUUUCAAAGUCUUUCUGCCGUUUUGUUUAAUAGCUGGUAGAUAAUUACACAAGGAACCAUAGAAAUAAGAAUGAUUUAUUAUGUCUAUGCAAAUAACUACCUUGUGCCAGUGCCAAUUUGUUAUUUUUUAUCUAUUUUUUACUUAACACUUAUUUUUCUUAAAACUGCAUUGUUGGUUAAGGGCUUGUACAGUGGGGGAAAAAAGUAUUUAGUCAGCCACCAAUUGUGCAAGUUCUCCCACUUAAAAAGAUGAGAGAGGCCUGUAAUUUUCAUCAUAGGUACACGUCAACUAUGACAGACAAAAUGAGAAAAAAAAAUCUCCAGAAAAUCACAUUGUAGGAUUUUUUAUGAAUUUAUUUGCAAAUUAUGGUGGAAAAUAAGUAUUUGGUCAAUAACAAAAGUUUCUCAAUACUUUGUUAUAUACCCUUUGUUGGCAAUGACACAGGUCAAACGUUUUCUGUAAGUCUUCACAAGGUUUUCACACACUGUUGCUGGUAUUUUGGCCCAUUCCUCCAUGCAUAUCUCCUCUAGAGCAGUGAUGUUUUGGGGCUGUCGCUGGGCAACACGGACUUUCAACUCCCUCCAAAGAUUUACUAUGGGGUUGAGAUCUGGAGACUGGCUAGGCCACUUCAGGACCUUGAAAUGCUUCUUACGAAGCCACUCCUUUGUUGCCCGGGCGGUGUGUUUGGGAUCAUUGUCAUGCUGAAAGACCCAGCCACGUUUCAUCUUCAAUGCCCUUGCUGAUGGAAGGAGGUUUCUACUCAAAAUCUCACGAUACAUGGCCCCAUUCAUUCUUUCCUUUACACGGAUCAGUCGUCCUGGUCCCUUUGCAGAAAAACAGCCCCAAAGCAUGAUGUUUCCUCCCCCAUGCUUCACAGUAGGUAUGGUGUUCUUUGGAUGCAACUCAGCAUUCUUUGUCCUCCAAACACGACGAGUUGAGCUUUUACCAAAAAGUUAUAUUUUGGUUUCAUCUGACCAUAUGACAUUCUCCCAAUCCUCUUCUGGAUCAUCCAAAUGCACUCUAGCAAACUUCAGACGGGCCUGGACAUGUACUGGCUUAAGCAGGGGGACACGUCUGGCACUGCAGGAUUUGAGUCCCUGGCGGCGUAGUGUGUUACUGAUGGUAGGCUUUGUUACUUUGGUCCCAGCUCUCUGCAGGUCAUUCACUAGGUCCCCCCGUGUGGUUCUGGGAUCUUUGCUCACCGUUCUUGUAAUCAUUUUGACCCCACGGGGUGAGAUCUUGCGUGGAGCCCCAGAUCGAGGGAGAUUAUCAGUGGUCUUGUAUGUCUUCCAUUUCCUAAUAAUUGCUCCCACAGUUGAUUUCUUCAAACCAAGCUGCUUACCUAUUGCAGAUUCAGUCUUCCCAGCCUGGUGCAGGUCUACAAUUUUGUUUCUGGUGUCCUUUGACAGCGCUUUGGUCUUGGCCAUAGUGUAGUUUGGAGUGUGACUGUUUGAGGUUGUGGACAGGUGUCUUUUAUACUGAUAACAAGUUCAAACAGGUGCCAUUAAUACAGGUAACGAGUGGAGGACAGAGGAGCCUCUUAAAGAAGAAGUUACAGGUCUGUGAGAGCCAGAAAUCUUGCUUGUUUGUAGGUGACCAAAUACUUAUUUUCCACCAUAAUUUGCAAAUAAAUUCAUUAAAAAUCCUACAAUGUGAUUUUCUGGAUUUUUUUCCUCAAUUUGUCUGUCAUAGUUGACGUGUACCUAUGAUGAAGAUUACAGGCCUCUCUCAUCUUUUUAAGUGGGAGAACUUGCACAAUUGGUGGCUGACUAAAUACUUUUUUCCCCACUGUAAGUAAGCAUUGUAUUCGGCGCAUGUGGUAAAUAACAUUUGAUUUGAUUUGAGACCGCAGCAUCAGUGUUGUGGGCAUUGUGAGUGAAGUGCAGAAAGAUACAUUUGUAGAAGCGCACAGGCAUAGAAGUUGGUUGAAUUUACCCAAAAGUCUACUAAAGUUUGACUUUGUCCUUGUGUUUCUUGGAUAUUUACAUUAUAAUAAUAUGCCAUUUAGCAGACGCUUUUAUCCAAAGCGACUUACAGUCGUGCGUGCAUACAUUUUUUUGUGUAUGGGUGGUCCCGGGGUUCGAACCCACUACCUUGGCGUUACAAGCGCCGUGCUCUACCAGCUGAGCUACAGAGGACCACAUUGUUGUUCAAUGUUAGUUUGAGUUUUCUCAACUGCUACUAGCAAAGGGAUGUCAGGGAAUCUAAUUUCUCACCCAAGUGACCCAAAUAUUUGCGAGUACAUUGUACUUUAUUGAGCAUGGAAAACGUUUAUUCAUUAACUUUUAGGCGUUUAUCCUAAAAACGCUCAUCCUCAAAUAAUUUUGCUGUGUAUUUCGGCUGGAAUAGAGGCAUUAGAAUGUACAAGAGGCAACCAAAAUAUUGGUCGAUCUGCAAAAAAACUUUGGGACUUGUGGAAAACACUACAUAUAGUACAGGGAUAGGCAACUUUAAUGGGUGCGGGGGCCAUUAAAAAUCAGAACUCAUCAUGAAGGACCGCAGUGGCUCGCGGGUCUGCUAGCCCACAUCCAUACCCACAUAUGCAGUGGAGAGACAAAUUUGAAGUUUCAUAGUUAUUUCUUGCAAUUCUACAAAUUUAGCUAUGGGGUGGAGAGAAUAAUUAGCAGUUUUACAGCUAAUUUCCUGCAAUUCUACACAUUUUGUCAUAGGGGUGGAGAGAAAUGUUUGCAGUUUUCUAAUAUGAUAUCUGAGUGAGAGUGACUAACAAAAUCAAUGGGAGCCACCCGGUCGGUAAUUCGACCAUGAUUACUACAAGUUUAGAUAAUCUAGCCAGCUAAUUUACCAAUCUUUCCAUAAUUUUAGCUGACAUGGGCUAUUUGACUGUCAAUAGUUAGGUUUCCUUCCAAUUGGCGAAAGAUCUUUAUGCAGAUUUUAGAAUAUUCGCAUGAAGAAAAUAUCCACAUUUUCCCACCAGUGGUGUGUUUCCACCAAAUGGACUUGUUGUGGAUAAAAGUCAGUGGGUGAUGACGUAGUGCACACAAAUUGUACUUAUUCGCUUUAGUUUUCAUGUACCGAAUAAAGUUCAAUGUGUUUCAAUCGCAUUUUCAACUCUACCGAUUAGUUUUGUCACAAACUGUUGCGUUGAAUAGCAAAUGUGCCUCCUCUGGUCUUGGUACGUGCACAGAUACAGUGCGGGUAGACUAGUCUACAUGAUGAGAUUAUUAUGGAUAAGAGCCAGAAUAUUUUUAUUUGUCAAACAGCAGUCAAGCAUCAAUCAUCAUAUCACCAGAAUAAUACUCUCAAUAUUUAUUGGAAAGGAGCAUCAAGGUCACCGUGCACUUUCACCACCCUGUGAAGUUCAUAAUUUAUUUCAUCUGUAGCCUAAUAAACUGCAUGGUUUCUCGAGUCAUAAUGGGAGGACCACACACCAUAUCAUUGCGUGACUCCAAGUUUACUUCGAUAUAAUGCUUAUUAUAUCAAUAUUUGCACAUAUAAAGGCGUUUUCACCACCAUUUCUCGCAUAACUAAUUUGAACGACACAAAAAGAUAGUACGAACAAAUUAAUCUGUCAGCAUUUAUAAAAUUGUACUGAAACCACCCAUUUCCAUGACAGCUGUCAUGAUUUUAUUUUUAUACAGUGAUUUUACUCGUAUAAAAACUGGAUGGAAACAGGGUUAGUGACUGACAUAACGAGAAACUGCUGAUGCACAACCAAAUUUCUAAAUUGCACCUUGUGUAUGCUACUAUUCUAACUCUCCACAUAAGUUGAGUCCCGACUGUUCCAAAAACAUGUUUUAUUGAUGCCCGCGCGCGGGCUGCUAGUUGCCCAUCCCUGAUGUAGUAUGUACAGUAAUACAGUAUGACUGUAUUACCUUCUCCAUGCAUGGAUAUUGUUUCUGACCUUGAUUCAAGCAUAUGUUAAGCUUGGCUUUCUUUACCCUUUAAACUUGUGAUAAUGUAUCUUCUCCCACUCUUGGUUUCUAUUGAGUUGAACUCUAUUGUCUUACUAUCCAGUUAACAGCAGUUGAAAUGCAACUUUCUGGACCAACCACCUACCUAUGGUCUCCCUGUUUAGGUGUGCUGUAACGGGACGCGGGUGUACGUGCAGAGGGAGAUCAUGCCUGAGUUCCUGGAGGAGGUGGUUAAGAGGACCAAGGCCAUCCAAGUAGGGGACCCUCUCCUGGAGGACACCCGCAUGGGAGCCCUGAUCACCAGGCAACACCUGGACAAGGUGCUGGGCUUCGUCAGCCAGGCCAAGAAAGAGGUAAGGAGGUAUCAGUAAAUUAAUGUGCAGCCUGGGUCGUGUUCAGUAGGGUACACUGAAGCAAAAUGCAAGGCAAUGGAACAAGUGUCCAGCUUAGACAACUUAGACAAGUUCCGGUAGUCCCUCGCUGUUUCACAAUGUUUUCUUCCUACUGAACACAGCCCUGCUGUUUGAACAUCUGCCUCAUCCAGGAUAGUGGCUACCUUAGGUGUAUGUCUAUCCCAGCCUUCAGUCUACUGUUUGUCUGAAUUUUGUACCUAACCCAAAUUUGCACCUAACCCAAAUCAUGUUGUGAUCUGCAAUGUUUAUUUUUUUGUCCGAUUUUUCUACUACUUCAGCUUUUCUGCCUUUGCCUAAUACAAAUCUCUCUCUCUCUCUCUCUCUCUCUCUCUCUCUCUCUCUCUCUCUCUCUCUCUGUCUCUCUCUCUGUGUGUCUCUCGCUCUCUCUGUGUGUGUGUGUGUCUCUCUCUCUGUGUGUGUGUGUCUCUCGCUCUCUCUGUGUGUGUCUCUCUCUCUCUCUGUGUGUGUGUCUGUCUGUCUCUCUCUCUGUCUGUCUGUCUCUCUCUGUCUGUCUGUCUGUCUGUCUCUCUCUCUCUCUCUCUCUCUCUCUCUCUCUCUCUCUCUCUCUGUCUGUCUGUCUGUCUGUCUGUCUGUCUGUCUGUCUCUCUCUCUAUGACUGUCUGUCUGUUCCUUUAGGGAGCAAAGGUACUUUGUGGAGGGGAUGCAUUUACCCCGAUUGACCCCAAACUGAAAGGAGGUUACUACAUGUCUCCCUGUGUCCUGGGUGAGUCUGGUUUAAUCAUAAUUACACCAAUUGUCAUACUCCCUAAUAGUGUUGCACGGUAUACCGGUACCAAAACGUCAUGAUACUUAUGAUACCAACAUUUUAGAAUACUGUAGUACCGUUUCAUAUGAUACUACCGACUUUUUCAGCCCUACAGAUCUAAAGAAACUGCUGGCGCCCUUACAAAAAAAGAUUGCAGUUUUAAAAGCGCAGUAACUGCAGUCGACUGUGGUAUUUUGGACAGAGUGAUUGCAGAAUAACUGCAGUGUACUGCAGUUGAACUGCAGUUAUACUGCACUCUUAACUGCAGUUACACUGCACAAUUACCGCAGUAAAAAAAAAACUUAUUUUGGUCGCAGUAUUUUCAGCAUACUGACUGCAAUCUUUUUUCGGAAGGGCACCUGUUAUAAAAUGUCAGUUUUGUUUAUAAUUUCAGUUGAAUCUAAGCAACAGCCACUAGUCUCUUGUAUGCGCAGGUCCAAUAAUAUCCACUUCCCUUUCAUGCGCAUAUCACGUGUGGCAGCUGAAAUCAGCCAGCCGCAUCCAGUGUUGCCAACUUAGCGACUUUGUCGCUAUAUUUAGCGAGGAUUCAGACCCCUCUAGCGACACAUUUUCAAAAACUGCAAAAAAGGCUGAGGCCACCAUGUCAUUAGCUAUCGCUGAACACUGUUCCAUGCUGGCAUGUGAUCACAUUGGAGAAGCAUGUAUAGCUGCUUUCUCAGACUCCACUGCUGCUACCCACUUCAAAAUGCACAGGAAAAAGUGCACAGAAAUGAUUAAUGGUGUUCUAGCACCAUACUUUCUGAAAAAGUUGGUCGCAGAUGUGGGUGACCAGUGUUUCAGCCUCCUCCUCGAUGAGUCCACGGAUGUAAGUGUUUCUAAGUACCUGGCGGGUUGUGAUAAGGUACUUUAGUGACACCAAGCAGACAAUUGUAUCAACAUUUCUGGGGCUUGUUGAGUUGCAGGGAAGAGAUUCCAAAUCUAUAGCCCGUGCUGUUGUGGCUUUCCUCGAGAAGUGUUGUGAGAGAUGGAAUCUAAAACAAAAAUCCAGAAAAUCACAUUGUAUGAUUUUUAAGUCAUUAAUUUUCAUUUUAUUGCAUGACAUAAGUAUUUGAUCACCUACCAACCAGUAAGAAUUCCGGCUCUCACAGACCUGUUAGUUUUUCUUUAAGAAACCCUCCUGUUCUCCACUCAUUACCUGUAUUAACUGCACCUGUUUGAACUCGUUACCUGUAUAAAAGACACCUGUCCACACACUCAAUCAAACAGACUCCAACCUCUCCACAAUGGCCAAGGCCAGAGAGCUGUGAAAAGACAUCAGGGAUAAAAUUGUAGACCUGCACACGGCUGGGAUGGGCUACAGGACAAUAGGCAAUCAGCUUGGUGAGAAGGCAACAACUGUUGGCGCAAUUAUUCGAAAAUUGAAGAAGUUCAAGAUUAGGGUUAAUCACCCUCGGUCUGGGGCUCCAUGCAAGAUCUCACCUCGUGGGGCAUCAAUGAUCAUGAGGAAGGUGAGGGAUCAGCCCAGAACUACACGGCAGGACCUGGUCAAUGACCUGAAGAGAGCUGGGACCACAGUCUCAAAGAAAACCAUUAGUAACACACUACGCCGUCAUGGAUUAAAAUCCUGCAGCGCACGCAAGGUCCCCCUGCUCAAGCCAGCGCAUGUCCAGGCCCGUCUGAAGUUUGCCAAUGACCAUCUGGAUGAUCCAGAGGAGGAAUGGGAGAAGGUCAUGUGGUCUGAUGAGACAAAAAUUGAGCUUUUUGGUCUAAACUCCACUCGCCGUGUUUGGAGGAAGAAGAAGGAUGAGUACAACCCCAAGAACACCAUCCCAACCGUGAAGCAUGGAGGUGGAAACAUCAUUCUUUGGGGAUGCUUUUCUGCAAAGGGGACAGGACGACUGCACCGUAUUGAGGGGAGGAUGGAUGGGGCCAUGUAUCGCGAGAUCUUGGCCAACAACCUCCUUCCCUCAGUAAGAGCAUUGAAGAUGGGUCGUGGCUGGGUCUUCCAGCAUGACAACGACCCAAAACACACAGCCAGGGCAACUAAGGAGUGGCUCCGUAAGAAGUAUCUCAAGGUCCUGGAGUGGCCAAGCCAGUCUCCAGACCUGAACCCAAUAGAACAUCUUUGGAGUGAGCUGAAAGUCCGUAUUGCCCAGCGACAGCCCCGAAACCUGAAGGAUCUGGAGAAGGUCUGUAUGGAGGAGUGGGCCAAAAUCCCUGCUGCAGUGUAUGCAAACCUGGUCAAGACCUACAGGAAACGUAUGAUCUCUGUAAUUGCAAACAAAGGUUUCUGUACCAAAUAUUAAGUUCUGCUUUUCUGAUGUAUCAAAUACUUAUGUCAUGCAAUAAAAUGCAAAUUAAUUACUUAAAAAUCAUACAAUGUGAUUUUCUGGAUUUUUGUUUUAGAUUCCGUCUCUCACAGUUGAAGUGUACCUAUGAUAAAAAUGACAGACCUCUACAUGCUUUGUAAGUAGGAAAACCUGCAAAAUCGGCAGUGUAUCAAAUACUUGUUCUCCCCACUGUAUAUAUAUUUUUUUAAGUUGCUCCGCCAGAGUGUCUCUUUUGGGUCACAUUUGCCGGUCCCAAGCCCGGAUAAAGGAGGAGGGUAGGAAUUGUGACAUUUAAAAAAACAAGAAUACAUUUAACAUUUACAUUUAAGUCAUUUAGCAGACGCUCUUAUCCAGAGCGACUUACAAAUUGGUGCAUUCAACUUAGGAUAGCCAGUGGGACAAGUGGGACAACCACAUCUUGAUCACAGAAUCGACAGAAGAAAGUUCAUUUGUAGUUCUAAACAUAUUUAGGGUGUUUUUUACUCACUUUUUGUCUCUCCCACAACGUUAUUCCUCUCCUACAGUGUCCAUCACAAUUACAUGCAUAUGGCCAAUUAUGCAAAUUAGGCGAUGACGUCAUUUAGCGACUUCUAGCGACUUUUAGGACAGCCAAUAGCUACUUUCCUUACUGAGGAGUUGGCAACACUGCUACCAGCCCUCACUCACCUGCUUUUCUCCGUCCGCUCUUCACACGCGUCUAUUCCUCCGUCAGUUAAAAAAUAUAUAUAAUUUAACCGUGAUGGGGAUGCAGACCCAGACCCUGAUGAGUCUUCUGUUGUUAGAUUUGUACAUUUGUUACAUUGGAGCAGCUCGCAAAGCAGCAAUGUUGAUACAUUGUAUGAUUUCAUCGCCUGUUAUAACAGAGAGCACGGACCAGUCUGAGUAGACUUUGCAAGUUCACUGUCAUGCAGCCUCUAAGUGUCUGAGAGGGAAAAUACCGCUUCACGACAGGCAUGCUUGCAGCUUUACAGCAAAGAAAACCUCUCGUCUCAAGCCUAAACGGUAAAAAGAAUAUGACACAUAUUACCGGAGAUGCCUUUUUUUCUUUCUAUCGGGAUUCGGGCGCGUUUUAUAUAAUUUCACAAACCAUGUCGCGAGCCAUUUUAAACUAAUCUGGUGGCUAAUUAUUGGUUUGAUAACAAACAACGUUGUUCCAUGUCACCUAGCUAGCUAACAAUCUGGUAACGUUACAGUAGGUCUAGGCAAAUGUGUUGGCACAGGAAGAAAGGAAAGGGUAUGCUACUCAUGAGAUGUGCUUCAAAAGGUAAGAUUCAUAUAGGCCUAAUGUAAGCCUAAACUAUAUCAAAAGUCGAUUUAUUUCUGCUGCUCCUUAAAUUCUGUUUUGUGCCAAACGUUUUAAAAGUUGGGAGUAGUGUGUGUUUGUGGGAGGGAGUAGUGUGUGUUUGUGGGAGAGAGAGUGGUGUGUGUGUGUGUCUUUAUGAGAGUGAGGGAGAGAGCAUGUGAGGGAAGGAGAGUGUCUGUGUUAACUGAAGAGUAAAGAAGGUUUCAUGCAGUGUUUUCCCCAUACUGACACAAUAACAUGCCGAUCAUUAUGCAUGUAAUCACAGGAGGUUUGUGGCACCGUAAUUGGGGAGGAUGGGCUCGUGGUAAUGGCUGGAGUACAAUUUGUGGAAUGUUAUCAAAUACAUGGUUUCUAGGUGUUUGAUGCCAUUCCAUUUGCGCCGUUCCAGCCAUUAUUAUGAGCCGUCCUCCCUUCAGCAGCCUCCACUGAUCACAGCCAAAUCACAGGUAGGCCUUUGCAAAUAUUAGCAAAGCAGCCAUUCUAUGCUGUCUGCUAUUAUACACUGAACAGUGUGAAGAUAAAUUCAAUGUGUUCUAUUGAGUAGAAGUGUGAAUUUUAGUGACAGGUUUUUGGAGAACGUUUCGAAAACGUGAACAAGCGUCCGUGGCGAACAGGAUGCUAGGCCACCACUCGGUAUCGUGAUACUUGAUAUCGUAUCGCCUGGUAUCGUAUCGUUUGUAAAAUGUUGGUAUCGUGACAAGCCUAGUCCCUAAUGUGGUACAUCCUGUUUUUACCAAUCUACCACUGUUCCAUAGAUUGAUGUAUUAUCAAAUAUGAUCCACUCAAUGUAUAGUGACCAGAGUAUGUGAGCGGAACGAGGUGCGGAGCGUGCUCAAUUUGACUGGAGCGCGGAGCGAGUUUCCCAAAGGCUUGAGCAUCGGCCUUCUCGCCCGCUCCAGUACCGCUCCAGUAGGGCUCACUUCACGAGCUCAGGGCAGGCCCAGCCCAGCAUGCAUUUCUAGGCUACUUCUGUGCUGCUAUAGCCCCUUGCUUUAGCUACUGUCAUGGAGUUCGCUAAAUAUUUUCAUAAAGAAACUGAUAAAACACACAGGUGCAAAAUCAAGGUGACUUACUAAGAUGAGGACCAAGAGCAAGAGAGGGAGUGUGGUGAUGUAGUGUCCACAACUAAAUAAUCAUUGUGGAAUCUGAAAAGACACGUAUCCCGAAAGCAUGAUGGUACACAUGCAUACAGAAAGGAACGAGGUGGGUAGCUAGCUAAGUGUGUCAUUGUAGCAAAGUAUUUAUAAACAUUUAUAAAGUAUUUAUAAAACUGACUAUCCUACCGAUCCUUGACUUCGGCGAUGUCAUUUACAAAAUAGCCUCCAACACUCUACUCAGCAAAUUGGAUGUAGUCUAUCACAGUGCCAUCCGUUUUGUCUCCAAAGCCCCAUACACUACCCACCACUGUGACCUGUACGCUCUUGUUGGCUGGUCCUCACUACAUGUUCGUCGUCAAACCCACUGGCUCCAGGCCAUCUAUAAAUCACUGCUAGGCAAAUCCCCGCCUUAUCUUAGCUCAUUGGUCACCAUAGCAGCACCCACCCGUAGUCUGUGCUCCAGUAGGUAUAUCUCACUGGUCAUUCCCAAAGCCAACACCUCCUUUGGCCGCCAUUCCUUCCAGUUCUCUGCUGCCAAUGACUGGAACGAAUUGCAAAAAUCUCUGAAGCUGGAGACUCUUAUCUCCCUCAAUAACUUUAAGCAUCAGUUGUCAGAGCACCUUACCGAUCACUGCACCUGUACACAGCCCAUCUGAAAUUAGCCCACCCAACUACCUCAUCCCUAUAUUGUUAUUUAUUUUGCUCUUUUGCACCCCAGUAUCUCUAUUUGCACAUAAUCUCUUGCACAUCUAGCAUUCCAGUGUUAAUACUAUUGUAAUUAUUCUGCACUAUAGCCUAUUUAUUGCCUUACCUCCAUAACUUGCUACAUUUGCACACACUGUAUAUAUAUUUUCUGUUGUAUUUCUGACUUUAUGUUUUUUACCCCAUAUGUAACUCUGUGUUGUUUUUAUUGCACUACUUUGCUUUAUCUUGGCCAGGUCGCAGUUGUAAAUGAGAACCUGUUCUCAACUGGCUUACCUGGUUAAAUAAAGGUGAAAUAAAAAAAUAAAAAUAGUAUCUCUUAAAAGUUUAGUUCAUUUUCGUUCUAUUGUCUAUACAAUAGGCUAUCAUUGAUUUUGGCCCAAUAGGCCUCACAUAUUACCUCUUUCAAGGACCUUUCCAUUUUGAUAGGGUUAUUUUGCCUAAAAAACUUUAGGCCUACCUAUUGAUUUUUUUAAAAAACAACUCCGCAUCCCUGCCCAGCCUGGCAAGAGUGACGUGAAGGGUGUUUAGCAUCGCCAGUGGGUAUUCUCCAAUGCUGGCCUGCUCUCCAGGCACCAUCGCAUGAGCCUGAAGCCACAUAUUCUGCCAAACUCGUGUUUCUAAAAGUGAAUUUGAAGGCACUGAGCCUAAUAAGGCAUUUUUCAUGUCAUUUUGAUUAAAUUGUAAGUAAGUCACGGCCUAUAUGCGCAAUUUAGACUAUAAUGAUUUAAUACAAUGAAAUGUUGUUAAAAUGCUGAGCGCAUAAUGUUCCUGCCAGCCUAGUGUGUCACACUUGCAAAUGCUUCACAAUUUAUUUAUUUGUAGGUUGUAGCCUUGAAAUAAUAGACUAAUAAUAUACAGUGAGGGAAAAAAGUAUUUGAUCCCCUGCUGAUUUUGUACGUUUGCCCACUGACAAAGAAAUGAUCAGUCUAUAAUUUUAAUGGUAGGUUUAUUUGAACAGUGAGAGACAGAAUAACAACAAAAAAAUCCAGAAAAACGCAUGUCAAAAAUGUUAUAAAUUGAUUUGCAUUUUAAUGAGGGAAAUAAGUAUUUGACCCCUCUGCAAAACAUGACUUAGUACUUGGUGGCAAAACCCUUGUUGGCAAUCACAGAGGUCAGACGUUUCUUGUAGUUGGCCACCAGGUUUGCACACAUCUCAGGAGGGAUUUUGUUCCACUACUCUUUGCAGAUCUUCUCCAAGUCAUUAAGGUUUCGAGGCUGACGUUUGGCAACUCGAACCUUCAGCUCCCUCCACAGAUUUUCUAUGGGAUUAAGGUCUGGAGACUGGCUAGGCCACUCCAGGACCUUAAUGUGCUUCUUCUUGAGCCACUCCUUUGUUGCCUUGGCCGUGUGUUUUGGGUCAUUGUCAUGCUGGAAUACCCAUCCACUACCCAUUUUCAAUGCCCUGGCUGAGGGAAGGAGGUUCUCACCCUAGAUUUGACGGUACAUGGCCCCGUCCAUCGUCCCUUUGAUGCAGUGAGGUUGUCCCGUCCCCUUAGCAGAAAAACACCCCCAAAGCAUAAUGUUUCAACCUCCAUGUUUGACGGUGGGGAUGGUGUUCUUGGGGUCAUAGGCAGCAUUCCUCCUCCUCCAAACAAGGCGAGUUGAGUUGAUGCCAAAGAGCUCGAUUUUGGUCUCAUCUGACCACAACACUUUCACCCAGUUCUCCUCUGAAUCAUUCAGAUGUUCAUUGGCAAACUUCAGACGGGUCUGUAUAUGUGCUUUCUUGAGCAGGGGGACCUUGCAGGCGUUGCAGGAUUUCAGUCCUUCACGGCGUAGUGUGUUACCAAUUGUUUUCUUGGUGACUAUGGUCCCAGCUGCCUUGAGAUCAUUAACAAGAUCCUCCCGUGUAGUUCUGGGCUGAUACCUCACCAUUCUCAUGAUCAUUGCAACUCCACAAGGUGAGAUCUUGCAUGGAGCACCAGGCCGAGGGAGAUUGACAGUUAUUUUGUGUUUCUUCCAUUUACGAAUAAUCGCACCAACUGUUGUCACCUUCUCACCAAGCUGCUUGGCGAUGGUCUUGUAGCCCAUUCCAGCCUUGUGUAAGUCUACAAUCUUGUCCCUGACAUCCUUGGAGAGCUCUUUGGUCUUGGCCAUGGUGGAGAGUUUGGAAUCUGAUUGAUUGAUUGCUUCUGUGGACAGGUGUCUUUUAUACAGGUAACAAACUGAGAUUAGGAGCACUCCCUUUAAGAGUGUGCUCCUAAUCUCAGCUCGUUACCUGUAUAAAAGACACCUGGGAGCCAGAAAUCUUUCUGAUUGAGAGGGGGUCAAAUACUUAUUUCCCUCAUUAAAAUGCAAAUCAAUUUAUAACAUUUUUGACAUGCGUUUUUCUGGAAUUUUUUGUUGUUAUUCUGUCUCUCACUGUUCAAAUAAACCUACCAUUAAAAUUAUAGACUGAUCAUUUCUUUGUCAGUGGGCAAACGUACAAAAUCAGCAGGGGAUCAAAUACUUUUUUCCCUCACUGUAGCUUAAAUAAUGAAUUUUCUUAGGCUACCCGUCUGGCUCCUGACCUAUAUAGAGUGUUUAUAUGCUCUUUAAUAUGACAUGUAGCCUAUUUGAAAAGAUGAGCGCUUCUUAUAGUCAUGUUUAUUAAAAUACUUUUCAUUCAAAUCAUAUGGUUUGGUUUCAAUACUUCAAAACCAAAUGGUAGGUCCAGGCAGUCACAGAAAUAGAUGGGUGUUGGUUAAAGGGGGAUUUUAAUGAACGGAGCGAAUUUGGAGCGGCAUUUUUUUUUCUUGUGUGCGAGGAGCGGUUUUUAGCGGAGCGGUUGGAAAGGACGUGGUGCGCCGUGAGCGAUGCGCGGGAUUUUCGACCGCUCCACUCCGCUCACAUACUCUGGUAGUGACUGUCCAGUCUAUAUUUGGAGCUAUGACUGUAACUCCACAUUUUGUAUGUAACUUUAUAUUUAACUCCACAUUGACUGUAACUCCACAUCCAUGUAUUCCAACAUAGACAACUGCAGAGAUGACAUGACGUGUGUGAAGGAGGAGAUCUUUGGGCCUGUAAUGUCAGUGAUGCCCUUUGACACAGAAGAGGAAGUGCUGAAGAGGGCCAACAACACUACCUUCGGCCUGGCCUCUGGAGUCUUCACCAGGUACCAGACCCAUACACAUUUAACCUUCUCCAAUAAUCUUUCCUCUAUGCCUUGCAUCCUCUCCUUUUUCCUUCAAUUAGGUUGAGGAGGCGAGGAAAUAAGAUGCAAGGAAUAGCGGAAAUUGAGAUGGAGACCUAGAACCACUAACUAGUCUAGUACACUGAGUCUCUCUUCCUGUUCUUGGCUCCCUGUAGGGAUAUAUCCCGGGCCCACCGGGUGGCUGAGAACCUGCAGGCUGGAUCCUGCUUCAUCAACAACUACAAUAUCAGCCCUGUGGAGGUGCCCUUCGGAGGGUACAAGCAGUCUGGUGGGAUGGCAUGAUGAUAAUAAUAAUAAUAAUAAUAAUAAUAAUAAUAAUAAUAACCCAUUCAAUGUAAUUAAGGUUUGUCAGGACCCUACUUAGGAACCAAUAGGAAAAUAGAUGGCUGAAAUGGACACAAACAGUAUUUUCACAAAUAUUAUCAGUUCAAAUAUGGCAGCAGAUCUGAUGUUGUAACAGUGCCAUAAUGGUAAUACAAAAUGAAGGAAUAACAACAGAAAUAGAAAGCAAGAGGGCAGACAUGCAAGACGGACAGGGAUAACAAGACAUGACAUAUUCCUCAUUAGAGGGAUGUGUCCUAUAUGGUUCUCAUUGAUCUCUUCUCUUUCUCUGCAGGUUUUGGCAGGGAGAAUGGCCAGGUGACCAUCGAGUACUACUCCCAGCUGAAGACUGUGGUUGUGGAGAUGGGAGACGUGGACAAUUACUUUAAUUGUUAAAUUACCAAUUAAGUGCCAAGGAGAACCUAGACACUACUGUCCUUGAGACGUUUGGUGUAUUUGUGCAUCUGAGGAAAGUAUAAUUUUUAUUGAUAGUUUAUUACAGCAAGUAACUAACAUGGCUGGUUUGUCUGUACAAUGUGCAAGUAUGAGGAUGUCACCAAGUGCAAAUAAGCCAGCUGUGAGCCUAGCCAAUAAGUCAAUAUGAAGAACCGUUCAAACGUUUCCCAUGGUCCAUCACUUUCUAUCACAUUUAUCUCUCACUUUUUGAAUAAAUGUUUGUAAUACUCCCAGUA